GAUACAAUUGGGAAGACCACCAUUUUGAAAAAGAAUUUCAACAUUCUAAAAGGUACAAAAGGUGUGUAAGAAGUCACAGCGGAGAGAAACCAUAUGAAUAUAAUCAGUGUGGUAAAGCCUUUGCAAAACCCAGAUAUCUCAAAUAUCAUAAAAGAAUACAUACUGGAGAAAAACCUUAUGAAUAUAAUCAAUGCGGUAAAGCGUAUUUAUAUCAAAAUGCUCUCCAAAAUCAUAAAAGAACACAUUCUAUAGAGAAAACUGAUGAAUGUAAUCAAUGUGGUAGAGCCUUUGCAAGUCACACCUUUUCACAUCAGAGUACUCUCCACUAUCAUAAAAGAAGACAUACUGGAGAGAAACCAUAUGAAUGUAAUCAAUGUGGUAAGGCUUUUGUAUGUCAGAGUAGUCUCCAAUGCCAUAAAAGAACACAUACUGGAGAGAAACCUUAUGAAUAUAAUCUGUGUUCUGUGAUGAGGUCAGAGCCUGGCGAUAACAGACACGAGUGGUUAUCUGCCAUGCUCGGCAGCAGUAGCCAAAUCAAACAUAAAAGAGGAGCCCAUCUGGAGCACUUCCUCACACUUGUAGCCAUGACUGUCCAAUGUGAUCCUCUGGACAAAGCCUCCUUAGCACCCGGUCAUCAGAGAGUUAACCAAGAGACCAAUGCCUCCAGCUCCUUCCUGAUAUUUCUUGAGUAUUUGUGGAGUGAAAUCACUAAAGUGAAUGUGGAAGCACAGUAUACUGAAUGUACUGGAGAGUCGUGGCCAAAAAAUGGCUUGCAAGUUGUUCCAGAGCCUGGUAGAGGAGAUGCUGUUUUCUUGGUUUUAAUUUCUGGGAAGGAUCCAGUGACUUUUGAUGAUGUACAUAUUAACUUCACUGGAGAAGAGUGGAAUUCACUAGAUCCUUCCCAGAAGAAUCUCUACAAAGAUGUGAUGCUGGAGACCUACCGGAACCUCACUGAUAUAGGCUACAAUUGGGAAGACCACCAUUUUGAAAAAGAAUUUCAACAUUUUAAAAGGUACAAAAGGCAUGUAAGAAGUCAUAGCCAGGAGAAACAACAUGAAUGUAAUCAAUGUAGUAAAGCCUUUAUAACACACAGUCAUCUCAAAAGACAUAAAAGAAUACAUUCGGGAGAAAAAUCUUAUGAAUGUAAUCAGUGUGGUAAAGCUUUUUCAAAGCAGAGAAAUCUCCAAACUCAUAAAAGAACACAUACUGGAGAGAAACCUUAUGAAUGUAAUCAAUGUAGUAAAGCCUUUGCAAGACGCGAUCAUCUCCAAAGUCAUAAAAGAACACAUACUGGAGAGAAACCUUAUCAAUGUAAUCAAUGUAGUAAAGCCUUUUCACAUAAGAGUAGUCUCCAAAGUCAUAAAAGAAAACAUACUGGAGAGAAACCUUAUGUAUGUAAUCAAUGUGGUAAAGCCUUUGUUUAUCAGAAUAAGCUCCAAUGUCAUAAAAGGACCCAUACUGGAGAGAAACCUUAUGAAUGUAAUCAAUGUGGUAAAGCCUUUUCACGGCAGAGUACUCUCCAAAGUCAUAAAAGAACACAUACUGGAGAGAAACCUUAUGAAUGUAAACAAUGUGGUAAAGCCUUUUCACAGCAGAGUACUCUCCAAAGUCAUAAAAGUACACAUACUGGAGAGAAACCCUAUGAAUGUAAUCAAUGUGGUAAAGCCUUUUCAUAUCAGAGUAGUCUCCAAAGUCAUAAAAGAAAACAUACAGGAGAGUCUGCUAGGGGUAAAAAUUCUAUUAACCUUUCAAUCCAUACAAGAGAUAAACGACAUGAAUGCUUUCAAUGUGGUAAAGCCUUUUCAUAUCAUCUUCUUGAUAAGCAAAAAAUUGCUCUGAAGAGAACCCCUGUUAAUGUAAUCACUGUUGUAAAACCUUCUCAAUUCACUGUCAUCUGCCAAUACAUAACAGAACACAUUCAAGAGAGUAACCCUAUGAAGACAAUGGGAACCUACAACAGCCUUUUCCAGAUAGAAUUACAAAGGGCACAGACUCGUCCAGGAAAAAUGCCAGAUCUGCUGAGGUUAUUACCAAGGUUGAGGAAAAAUACAGAAUGGGUUGUAGAGGAAG